ACCUCGCCUCUCUCCGGACCAGACAUGAAGCUCGUCAUCCUCGCCUGCCUGGCCGCCGUGGCCGUCGCCGCUCCUCAGUUCGUCGACCUCCCACCAGUAGUGAUCCUCCGUGACGACCGUCAGGACAGCGGUGACGGCAACUUCCAAUAUGCCUUUGAGGCCGACAACGGCAUCGCUGUGGAAGCAUCCGGCACCCCUGGCUCAGCUGGCCAGAGCAACAUGCAGGGCGUCUUCAGGUUCCCCCUCCCCGACGGCACCAUCGCUGAGGUCCGCUACAUCGCCAACGAGGACGGCUUCCAGCCCGAGUCUUCCCUGCUGCCCACCGCCCACCCCCUCCCCGCCCACGCCAUCGAGCAGAUCCGCUUCGCUGAGGAGCAGCGCGCCCUCGGAAUCACUUACGAUCAGUUUGGAUUCAGAUCAAACAGAAAGUAAAUUCUUCCUGAAUUUCUGUGACGCCCUUGCUGCCCACCACCCAUACCUCCCAACCCACACCACCACCCACACCUCCCAACCCACACCACCACCCACACCUCCCCAACCCACC